UUUGCCAAGCCCAACCCCUCUGCUCCCUUUCCAACCAAAGACUUGAGUGCAGUAGAAAGUUUGCAAAGAGCAGCAUUGGAGGAAAGGAAUCCCACCAACUGGAUCACCCCGCUAAAAACGAAGAUGAUUUUUCUUGGAUGGAUCCGUAUGUCUUUUACCCUUUUGGCCAUCAGUGUUUAUGGUGGAUCAGCUGCAAGUGCUUGCAAAAUCACAGAAGUGAAGGCAGACUGCAGUCAUUUAAAGCUGGUGCAAAUCCCCUCCGAUCUCCCCAGCAACAUCACAGCUUUGGAUAUUUCUCACAACCAGCUCAGAACUCUGCCGCCUGCAAACCUAACCAAGUAUGGCCAGCUCGUCUACUUAGAUGCAGGAUUCAACACCAUCUCUAAACUGCAGUCACCGCUGUGCUUGGCUUUGCCGUUGUUAAAAGUUUUGAAUCUGGAACAUAAUCAGUUGCAUGCCUUUCCAGACAAGGCUUUUACCUCCUGUGACAAUCUGAGGGAGCUUAAUUUGGGAUCCAACAUACUGGAUGUGAAAAAUGAACCUUUCAAAGAUCUGAAGAAUUUGCAGUUCCUGGAUGUUUCUCACAAUGGACUAAAGUCUAUAAAACUGGGAUCUGAGCAACAGUUAGAGAGUCUACAGGAGCUUGUGGUGUCUCAGAAUAAAAUUACUGAGCUAAAGAAAGAAGAUCUGUACUUUCUUAGUAAUUCCUCAUUAAACAAGCUGGACUUGUCAACAAAUCCUCUAAAAGAGUUUUCCUCAGGCUGUUUCCGUGCAAUUGGAAAUGUAUAUGGUCUUGUCAUGAACAAUAUCCCACUGGGUCAAGAUGGUGCAGAGAAGCUUUCUUCAGAAUUAUCUGGAACAAGAAUUCAGAAUCUCUCAAUGAGGCAGGUGCAGCUUUUGCGGAUUUCCAGCUCAACCUUCAGCGGAAUGAGUAAUACCAACCUCACCAUUUUAGAUCUCUCGGAUAAUGACUUAUCUGUGAUUGAAGAAGACUCUCUUGUCUAUUUUACAAAGUUAGAGAAUUUGAAUCUAAUGAAUAAUAAUAUUUCGUAUCUGUCUUCUCGCUCCUUGUAUGGGCUGUUCAAUGUGAAUUAUUUGAAUCUGAAAAAUGCUCAUGUCAGAAAAAUUGGCUCUGCUUUGCAGUGGCUGAAACGUUUAGAGGAUCUUAUACUGGACAGUAAUAAAUUUCUAGAGAUUACCUCAAGCACCUUUAAAGGUUUGGACAAUUUGAAAAACUUGAGUUUAAGCCUGUGUAGUAUAAGCUCAGUGACAAGAACAACAUUUUCAUCACUUGCCAAUUCUUCACUGCAAUUUCUGAACCUUACCAAAAGCGGAAUCACUUCCAUCAAGUCUGGAGCCUUUUCUAGGCUCGGGCAACUAAAAUCUCUGGAUUUAGGGUUGAAUGACAUUAAGCAAAAACUUACAGGCCAGGAAUUCCAAGGUCUUAAUAUGAUUGAGACUCUCUAUUUAUCUUACAAUUAUCAAGUGAAUUUGACAAGUGAAUCUUUCAGUGCCAUUCCUAGUCUUCGAACGCUAAGGCUGAGAAAAGUACGUUGCAGCAAUCUUAAAAUUUCUCCCUCACCAUUCCGUAAGUUAAGUAAUUUGACAAUCCUGGAUGUUGGUAACAAUAAUAUUGCCAGCGUCGGAGAUGAUGUUUUUGAUGGACUCCACCAACUUAUAAUACUUGAUCUUCAGCAUAAUAAUUUGGCCCGAUUUUGGAAGCAUGCCAACCCAGGGGGCCCUGUCCUCUUCUUAAGAGGUCUUCAGAACCUGCGCCUGCUUGAUCUAGAAUCGAAUGGCUUCGAUGAGCUUCCAAAGGAGGCUUUCCAAGGCUUAUCUCAGUUAAGAAGCUUGAAUCUGCGAGACAACCUUUUGAAAUUGCUUCCAGAGUUUGUGUUUGAUGACCUGACAUCCCUGAGCUUUUUGUCCCUUCAGAAGAACCUAAUCACAGGUGUGGAUGAACAAGUGUUCACUAAGGUUUUCGCCCAUUUGGAAGAAGUAAAUAUGGGGCUCAACCCAUUUGAUUGCACCUGUGACAGUAUAGCCUGGUUUGUUCACUGGCUUAAUAGCAGCAAAGUAUUUGUUCCAGGGCUGAACUUUUAUCGAUGCAACACACCUCCUAAAUACUAUGGGAAAAUGGUAGCUGAGUUUGAUAUCUCACCAUGUGAUAGUGCCCCAUUUCUACUCUUCUUCACUGUGAGCGUUUCUAUGGUGCUGGUCUUCAUGUCUGUAGUUCUACUUAUCCACUUUCAAGGAUGGAGAAUAAAGUUUUUUUGGAGUGUGACAGUUAACAGAGUCCUUGGCCAAAGAGAAAUAGACAGGCCGCAGCAGUGGUUUGAUUAUGAUGCCUAUAUCAUUCAUUCCAGAAAGGAUAAGAAUUGGGUGUGUAAGAACUUUAUUCCUCUUGAAGAAAAUAAUGAACCAGUAAUUCGAUUUUGCUUAGAGGAGCGGGAUUUUGAAGCUGGAAUUUCUGAAUUUGAAGCCAUCGUUGACAGUAUUAAAAGGAGCAGGAAGAUUAUAUUUGUUGUAACUGAGCAUCUUUUAAAAGAUCCCUGGUGCAGAAGGUUCAAAGUGCAUCAUGCCAUACAGCAAGCCAUUGAACAAAGUCGGGAUUCCAUUGUAUUAAUUUUUCGAGAUGAUAUACCAGAUUACAAAUUGAAUAAUGCACUUUAUUUGAGAAGAGCAAUGUUCAAAUCUCGCUGUAUCUUGGAGUGGCCAGUUCAGAAAGACCAUGUAAAUGCAUUUUACCAGCAGUUAAAAAUAGCACUUCAGUCGAGCAGCAGGAUAUUAUGAUUUUGUUGUUAUUGGUAUUUUACUGUUUUGCAUUUUUAAUUCUGUGGCUGAAAUACUAUGCAAAAGAUAAAUGAAAAACAG